AUGCUCAAUGGCAACGCGGACAAUGGCCUGACUGUGGAUCGAUACUCGCUUAUUCCUCUAUACAACCGGCAAGAUCUCAAUGAAAAGUGUAUCAAGCUCUUAAACCAGGAAUGGCCUCGCAGUGAUGGUGCACGUGAACACUCUCAAGCAAAGUCAUGUCGCCUAACUCCUCCCAUGUCGUUCCUUUUGAUAGAGAACAGUACGGAUCAACUGAUUGGUCAUGCAAGGAUAUGCCUUCUUCCGAACAGGCCCACCGCUUGCUGGAUCGAGUCAGUGAUUGUGGAAAAGGAGUGCCGAGGACUUGGUAUUGGGAAGCUGUUGAUGGCAUACGUUGAGGACGCAGCUAAGGGAUUUGGGUUUGAUGAGGCCUUUCUCAGCACCGAUGACCAAGUAAUCUUCUACGAAAGAUGCGGAUAUGAGAAAUGCGAUCCGAUUCUUCACUCUACUACAGCCACAUCCGUCUUUCCCGUACCGAAGCUAGCGUCGUGCGAUACCGAAGCGUCAUUACUAUCGAAAUCACCUUCAUCACAGCCAGCAACAACCACACAAGCGGCUCAAGCUCCGCCCAUUUCAUUGGCAGCCCCUCCCAAUCCAGUGCCGCCUCCACCCCCUGGCCCACCUAAAAAGGUGCCAGCUGCCCCAAUAUCAACUGAAGAUCACCAGUACAUGCGGAAAAAAUUCAUGUGA